GAUAAGUGUGAUUUUGCCCGAAUUGUAUGUAUAAACAACUCCUUCUUAAUUAUGUUUCAAAAUUAAAAGUUAAUUUGUUUGUUUGUUUUUAUUGUAAAGUAUUGGAUCUAAUGCUUUGUUUUAGCAUUUUUUGAAUUAGACUAACUUUAUACGAUGAAAAAAGACAAGACUGUUAUCAAGUCGUAUGGCGACAUGUGCAGAUUGUGCGGGCAGUCGGAGAAAAUGUUCAUGACUGAUAUUUUCGACGAUAAACUCGAGCUGUUGGAAAACAUAAAUUUGUUCAUCCCCAUCGUAAUAAUGCGGAAUGACAAUUUGCCCAAUAAAAUCUGCUCUGUCUGUUGUAAAAGCGUACGGAUUGCGACAGACCUUAUAAAAAAGGCAAUAAGUACAGACGAAAAACUUAGGAAAUUUUCGCCUAUAAAUAAACCCUGUGAAAGCGACUGUUUGCCGAUCAAUGGACCGAUUGUCUGCGACAUUUGCAACACUGAAUUCACCAAUAUGGUAAAAUUUGAUAAUCACAUGCGAAAACACAAAGAUGUUAAAAUUGAACAAUAUGAAAACAAACAGACAAUAAAAAUCUGCAGUGAUUGUGGAUUUGCAUACCGAGAUGAAGAGAAAUUCUUGAAUCAUAAAGACAACUGUGAGAAAACAUGUCAAACUUGUAAAACAGUCGUGACAUCCAGUUGUACUUAUUUUAGCCAUGUCUGCGAAAUGAAGGCUGUUCCUGCUGUAAAACUACCCAUACAACAACAAAACCUUAAAGUUGCCAUACCAAAAUUGAAGACUGAAAUUAAGACAUCUAGGAAAAAAAUAGGCAGCCAGACAUAUUGGCAGUGCGAGUUCUGUAAAAAGAUUGUCACAACCAAAGUUAGCUUAGAUAUUCACAUGCGCACACACACUGGUGCCAAGCCGUAUAUUUGUGAACACUGUGGAAAUAAUUUUAGAUCACGAGCCAAUCUUUGCCAACAUCUUGUGAUUCAUACCGGCUACAAAAAAUACUCUUGCCCUGUUUGCAAUAAAAAAUUUUCAAGAAAUUCCUUUGUAAGGACGCACAUGAGAGUGCAUACUGGCGAGAGACCGUAUCCGUGUGAGGUCUGCGGUCAUCGAUUUUCUCAAAUAGGUGAUAAGAGGAGACAUAUGAUAAGGCAUACGAGACCAGCGGACCCAGAGAAAUACAGAAAAAUCCUUCCGAACGGCGCUAUUGUAGACGAGAAAGAAAUAACCACUGAACUAUUGUUGUUUGAUGGUUAAACUAAGACAGAAAAACUCAGGAAAAUUUAAUUUUAUUAUCAUACAAAUAUAAUUUUUUUACAAUAAUUUGGACUUUUGCCAACAGUUCAGUUAUAAAUUAUUCGGUUAAAUUAAUUGUAAAUUCUAUAAUGAAACCCAGUUAUUUUUUUAUGUAAUUUUAAAUUAAAAAAUAAAAAGUCCUUUAAACUUAGACUAAUUAAUCACAAUAAAUUAUAUCCUAAAUAAUUUUAUAAUUUAGUAUUACUAUUUGUACAUUUUCAUUACAGCUUAUACAUCAGAAAUUGUUUAGCUGCCUACUUAAAUGCUGAAUUAUUUGAAAAACAAAUUGGGCAUGAACACAAAAAUAAAUUAAUAAAUUCCUGGCAUAAGCUGUUUUGAGGAGCCCUGUGUUUUAUUUAUUUAUUUAUUUAUUUUUUCUGAAAUGAUCAGUUUUCACAAGUCUAUACAAAUAGUAACCCUCGCAGUAUUAACAAAAAAACGCCCACAUAGCUGAAGGCAAGUAAGAACAUCACAUGAAAUAUAAGGCAAAAUAUCAAAUUAAAAAAAAAAAAAA